AUGACUGCAGCUGUUGAUAAUUACCCUGUUUCAUUAUCAAAUUUACCUACAAAUAUUGAACUAUCAACUAAAACAAAUGAUGUUUUAACUGACGAAGAUAAUCAUACAAUCGAAUCAAUUUAUUCAUAUUGGUUUGGUGAAAAUAUUAAUACAUGGUCGAAAAGUUAUCCAUUAAAUACAAAACUUUGGUUUAGAGUUGAUGAAAAAGUCGAUCAAGAUAUUAAGAAUAAAUUUGAAAAAUAUUUAAUCGAUGUUACAACACCACAUAAUACUCUUUGUCAACGUUGGCAAACAACAGAUCGAGGUAAAUUAGCAUUCAUUAUUCUAUUAGAUCAAUUUCCUCGAAAUAUAUAUCGUGCUACAGCAAAAAUGUUUGAAUUUGAUACAUUAUCAGUUAAAUUAGCACUUGAAAUUAUUAAUGAUCCAACACACAUGACAACAUAUAGUUUACCUGAACGAUUAUUUAUUUAUCUUCCACUUGUUCAUUCAGAAGAACUUAUCUAUACGACUAAAGGUGCUAAUUUAAUGAAUGAUCUUGCAUUAGAAGUAACUCAACGUGAUUUACGUCGACGAUAUGCUGCAAAUGCACGAGCAGCAAAAACUCAUCAACAAGUUAUUGAAUUAUUUGGGCGAUAUCCACAUCGAAAUAAUCUUCUUGAACGAGAAUCAACUGCAGAAGAAGAAAAAUAUUUAGAAACAGCACGUAAUGGAUUUGUAAAAUCCGUUCAAAUUAUCAAACCACCACCGCCACCAUCACCAGCAGAAUCAGAAUCUAUUAUUAAUACAAAUGACAUAUCAUGUUCAACACAUCCACUUUUGAAAAUACUUGUUCUUCAUGGUUUUCAUCAGAAUUCAAAUAGUUUAAAACGUAGUGCAAAAAAAUUAUUCAAAGGUUUAAAUGAUAUAGCAACAUUUUAUUAUGCAAAUGCUCCAUUAUCAUAUGAUCCAA